GUUGUAGUUGUGCCAGGAGGUUAAGCCUAUGGUAGACUCCUGGCCAUUGCUAUGUUGCUAUUUCCAGCGUCCCUUGCAGGAAUCCACCGGGGUUGGACUAGUGUAGUGUCUGCCAAGAGCCCAUAACGGACCAGGAAGUGUCUGGUUUCCUUGCUGGCGGCUGCUCUCGCCCUGUUGCUUUAGCCAGAGGGAGUGCCGGAUUUACGUACGUAUAAGCUUCACCACUAUGGACGUAUUCUACACCUCUGGAAUCUGGUUUGCAGAGGUGCUUCAGAAUGGCCUGCCUGGGCUGGAGGAUUUCUGGCUUUGGAUGACCUUCCUGGGUGACCCAAAGAGCGUCGUCAUCAUUUAUUUCCCUCUCACUUAUUUCCUGCUCGACCGGAAGGUUGGCGUCAAAGUCCUUUGGCUGGGCUUGAUCUCGGAGUGGCUCAACUUAGUCUCUAAAUGGUUUUUGUUUGGUGAACGACCUUUCUGGUGGAUCUAUGAGUCUGGGUUUUCAAGGAAGAAGGAAGUCAUCCUCCGCCAGUUCCCUCUAAGCUGUGAAACAGGGCCAGGAAGCCCCUCUGGCCACUGCAUGAUCACAGGCACGGCUCUGUGGCCAGUGGUGACCACUUUGACCGCACGGAUAUCGCAGCACUCCCAAAGCUGGGUCGUGAAAGCUGGGCCCUUUACAUCUUAUCUCGUCUUCCUGCUGGCUGUAGGCCUCUCUCGUAUCUUCAUCCUCGCUCAUUUCCCCCACCAAGUCUUUGGCGGCAUCUUGACAGCGAUCAUCCUGGGCUGGCUGCUAGAGUCCCGCGUCCCGCUAGAGAGGAAACUCAGCUUCUUCAUGUGGACUUCGCUGUCUCUCUUGCUAAGCGGCAUCGGGACCUAUUGGGUGUUGGCCGCUCUCGGCGUAGAUUUUAGCUGGUCGAUCGGCCUCGCCACCAAGUGGUGCACAAACCCAGAGUGGAUCCGUAUGGAGACACGGCCCUUCUCGUCCCUGUGCCGCGACACGGCCACGGCCCUCGGCCUCGGCCUGGCCUUUCAGUCAUCGUACUACACCCAGCUCAAAGGCGAGAGGCUGGGCUGGCCCCAGAGGCUCUGCUGCGCCAUGCUGUCUGUCGUGGUCCUGCGGCUGCUGAGCGACGUGGCCCAGCCGCAGAACGUGGCUCUUUGGUACGCGCUGACUUUUGCAAAGUAUGCCAUCUUCCCGUGGGUGGUGAUCGCGCUGCUCCCCAAAGCAUUUCACGCGGUGACCUCCGGCGCAGGGCUGCCCCACAGAGAGUAGCCGGCAGGAGAGACAUAGGCAAGGAAGCCCACAGCAACUCUUUCCUUUAUCCUCGGGGCUCUGUUCCUCCCAGCGUGCGGUAAGAUUUUUCCAUCAGAGGAGAGAUUUCCUCCAGGAGUAGAAAGAGUAUGUUAAUUCAGGCUGACCUAGUCUAUAAAACAGCCCUACCAAAAAACCCCACCACCUCCCCUUGGAUCCCCCUUUGUCGGGCAGAGAAUCCCGUUUUUAAAAACCACUGCACGCUUUUCUGCCGCUUAAUUGGUGUUGAGGCAUUUUAACACCCCCAAAGAUUUGCUGUGACUGCAAUACAGUGGAACCUCGGUUUAUGAACACCUCGGUUUACAAAUUUUGGGUUUACGAACGCCGCGGACCCAUCUGGAACUGAUUAAUUCACUUUCCAUUACUUUCUAUGGGAAAGUUCGCUUCAGUUUACGAACGCUUCAGUUUAUGAACAGACUUCCGGAACCAAUUACACCCAUGCUUUGGGUUAAGUACGCUUCAGGUUGAGUACUCCACGGACCUGGGCCGUCUGGAACGGAUUAAUCCACUUUCCAUUACUUUCAAUGGGAAAGUUCGCUUCAGUUUAUGAACGCUUCAGUUUAUGAACAGACUUCCGGAACCAAUUGUGUUCAUAAACCGAGGUUCCACUGUAGCCCUUUCUAAUACAUACCUGUGGAAAUAAGUUUCAUGUACGACCGCAAGACAUAAACAUUGGGAGAAUCGAACUCCCUGAUUUCCCUCAAAUGGGAAACAGGCCACCUCAUCACCCAUUCCUUUCCACCCAAGUCCCAGUUGCCUAGGAAGCAUCGUAGUCGCAAUAUACUGGCACAGCCUUUAAGGCUGGCUAGCUAAGCCUUUGCCUCCCUUCAGUCGUGGUCGGCAGAUUACAUAGCAAUCAUGACUGUACGUGCAUUAGAAAAAUAAAAGAAACCCACCAACUUGCUUGCGCACAACGGAUUAGCACCCCAUGUUUCUGUUUUGCAAGCAACAGCCAUGGUUUUAAAACAGUGCUGGCAAUCGUGAAAAGCCAUACCUGCAUGGGCGGGGGGGACUGACUACCUUGGCAUUUUGGGUCCAGGGCACUAGAAAAAUUGUCUGAGUAACACUGCCUAAGGCAAGUGUGUGAAACCUGUGGUUCUCUUCCUGUUGCAGGACUACAACUCCCAUCAUCCAUGACCUUUGGUUGUGCUGGCUGGGGUUAAGGCCAACAUAGGUUUCCCCAUCUGUAGUCUUAAGACUUCCUUCCCUUUGUUUCCUCCAGUUUUUGCCAAAGCUUAUCUAUCUAUCUAUCUAUCUAUCUAUCUAUCUAUCUAUCUAUCUAUCCAUCCAUCCAUCCAUCCAUCCAUCCAGUGCUUUUUUUCUGGGGGGACGCAUACCCCUAAACAUUUUGUGAAUCUAAGUUUGGCCCCAUUGAGGGGCAGUAUUUCAGCAGGAGUAGGAAAAUGAAAGUACCCUAGACAUUUUUAAAAGAAAAAAAGUACUGUAUCUAUCUAUCCUAAAUAUUGGUAUCAUAAUAAAGUUUGCUGCUUAAUUGGUAAUUGCUGCUUAAUAAAAUUCACAGCUUGUCAUGUCA